AUUAUACUUCCAACAGUUGUUUUUUCUAGUCGCAUUUUGUCAAUUUUCGUGCAGUGAUUUGUUUUUAUUAAAUCAGGUAUUUAUUUGGGAAUAUCAAUCACCAACUAAGCCGCGGACCAUGCAUUUUCCUUACAUGAAAAUAGCCAUCUACGUGCUAACGUUUCUUACCUACGCAUACUCGGGGU